AUGCCCAAAUGCACUCACAAUGCUUAUAUUAGAACGAUAGCUGACCUGGACGCUGGAAAAGGUUUGGGAGAGCCGGUUGGACAAGCUGAAGUGGGCAAUAACGUUGUUCAUCGAUGGCAUUGUGAUGGGGAUGGUAAGUCUAAAUUUGAUUUUUGAAAUGUAAAAUUGAAAGAACUUUGUUUAUAAUCUAAAAAAUAACAAGAAUUUGUAACAAUAAAAUUUGAUUUUUUAGUUUUGACGAAUUUCCACAAAAAUUAUCGGUUUUUAGACGAAGUGUCACAAAAAUUAUUGAUUUUUUGAAAAUUAUAUAUUCAGCUAAAAAAUUACACAGAAAAAGCUAAUUUCAUAAAAAAAUAGUAAAAAAUUCUUGUACAAAACAAAAAAUUGCAAUAACUUUCUUUACAAAACAAAAAUGGCAAGAACAUUCUUCACCAAACAAAAAGCGGCAAUAACUUUCUUUACAAAACCUAAAAUAGCAAUAAUUUUUAAAGCAUCAUAAAUUUAAUAUAUCUUAACAAAGUGUCACACACAUUAUUGGUUUUUGACGAAGUGUCACAAAAGUUAUUGAUUUUUUAACGAAAUGUCACAAAAACUAUUGAUUUAGUAAAACUGUGUUUAUAGGCCUAAAAAUGAGUUUAAAAUGAUUAAAAGCUUUUCUUUAAUGAAAAAUGGCAGUAACUUUCAUUCCAACCACUAUUUUCAGACAUUGAUGGAGUAUUCUUCCGAAACUGCUACGUGAGUGACGGUGAGAUUCAUCUAGCUGACGUAGUAGAUCAACACGGUUGUUCGAUGGAUCCUCUACUGAUAGCUGACAUCAGAAGGUCGUCUGAUCAAAAAACUACCUACAUGGAAGCUGCUACCUUCAAAUUCGCUGGUACUACUGAGCUAUGGUAUCUUUGUGAAGCUCAAACUUGUAACAAUGGUGUCUGUGGGGAUGUUGUGGUAGGUUUGAAAGAACUUUGAUUACAGAACAAGAAAUAGCAAGAACUUUCUUCACAAAACAAAAAAUGGCAAGAACUUUCUUUACAAAACGUAAAAUGGCAAGAACUUUCUUUACAAAACAAAAAACGAUAAAGACUACUGUAUUUCAGCCAAUGACCUCCUGCUACAGUACUCUUCCAUUAGAAAAAGAACAAGCCUUAUCAGUGCCUUCAGAAUCCCUGCCUCAACCAGCUCCAACUCCAGAUAUGGAUGCUGAAAUCGAUGCCAUAAUGAAGGCGCGUAACGGCUCUUACCAGCCGGCUUUCAUUGUCUCUGGUCGAAUUACAGUACCCGGCUCUAAGCAUGGUCAUGCUGGCUUGGGGGCUAUUUUAAAGGCUAACAAGGAGCAGAAUGAAGAUGGUGACAGUAGUCAGAGUACGGUGGGAACUAACAAAGAUGCUGUAGGGAAUGGAAAUGACAGUAAAUCGACUGGUAAGAGAUUUAUCGACUGGGUAGGGUCGUUCAGGGUAGUGUAGUAGAGGUGAGGAUAAGGUAGGGUACAGUAGGGCAGAAUAAGGCAGGGAAAGAUAUAGAAAUGACAUUUUCUGACUAUAUCAACCAAAAAAUCCCCUUUCAGACCCAAAACCGACAGAAAAAUCAACCUCAAAUCCAGCCCAAAACGAAAAACUAGAGAACACAGACAUCGAUGAUGAAAAAAUGGAGCACAUGACGUAUGGUCGACCUCUCUCUGGUACCGCUUUGGUCAUGUUAAUCAUAGGAUUAGGUGUUCUACUCGUUUUAUCCGCAUCAGCAGCCUUUAUCUUGUUGUACAGAAAGUUCGAACGUGUUUUACAUUGUGGGAAUCACAAGCCAGAAUAUCCUAUGUAA